AUGAGACCCAAAAACACUAAAAGUGGAUCAUUGGCCAAGAAACUGUCCCAAAAAAUCACUCGACAACAGUCACUCGGUUCCAUCGCAAAACCCACGCGAAAUGAGUUUUCGCGGAUGUGGAUUAGACAGGUCAGUGUAGAUUUGCGAGGAGAUCAUCUCAUCACAGGAGGCGCUCGUAUUGGACAG